CGGGCGCCCUCCUCGCCAGGCUCCGCCGCGUGCCGGCUGCCCCCAGCCCGCGUCUCCAGGCUGGCGGGGCUUGCGUGCCUCUGGCCUCGGUGCCGCCGAGGGGAGCGGGCGGUCGUCCCCCACGCCGGGUGCCUGCCGCAGUGGAGAGGGAACCGGGGGGGCGGGCAGGCGCCCAGGGACCGCUCAUCACCCUGCCUAAUAUCGGGGAGGAGGUGGCGGCAGAGAGCGACGGCGAGGAGGUGGCUUGGCAGCCCGCCGCGCGCCCGGAAGGGAUUGUCCAGAGGUUCCACAAAUCAUUGCCUUUCUGGAAAAAAUGGCGAGUUUCUUCCAGCAGUUUUUGAGAAAAAUGUGCAGGAAGCCAUCGACAAUUAUACUUGUGAAGCCCUUUCAUCGUUUUCAUCCAGUGGCUGUACAACACCUACAGAGCUGAAUAAUGCUUGGUCUGGAAUAAACAGCUAUAAUACUGGUUUGUCUACUGAAAGAAGCUCAGUUUUCUCCUGGAGGGAUGAUGAAUUUGAUAAAGCCAACACGCAAAGAGUGCAUCAGUUAUUUUUGGAGAUUGAUGAAAUGCUGUUUGAAGGAAAAGUGACCUCCCAAACUCAGAGCCUGCAAGCAGAAUGUGCAGACUGGGCUGAACAAUUUCCUCAUAUAAGGGUUCUGGGAAGGCAGCUCCUAUUGCCAAAUGAUGAAGGCUUUCAGCAUUUUCCAAGCAGAAGUGAUAACUGUGUGGACGCCAAGUGUUUAUCUUACCUCCAUGAAUGUACUAGUAAUAUAAAACAGCUCUGCAUUUCAGGCUCUAAAUUGAUCCCAACAGCAUCUCCAAUACAUAAAUCACUGGAUUCAAGUUCUGUUAGGAUUUCUGACUCAUCCAUGUAUUUGUUUCUGGAGGAAGAAAUCUAUGAUAUGGAUGGAAAAAUAGAAGAAUAUCUUGCCUUUGACAGCAAGGAGCUUGAUGAUGAGGACUGGGAAGGAAAGAAACUACGUCUUGCUGAGAAGAGGAGCAAGCGUGGCAUUCCCCCUGUUUCUCCUGAUGCCUGUAUCAAAGAUGCUGUGGUUUCUGAAGUAUUUGAUUGUAUCUGGAGCAAUGUAACUGGAAUAUUGGAGGAACUGAUUAAAAAAAAUUGGGAAGCUAGCAUCCCGGAAUGUGACAAACAAGUGGAAAAACUGAAAACUGCUACAGCAAAACUGCCACAUUUGCCAGUUCGUGUUGCAGCAGAUGCUGGGAGCAUUCCUCUUUCCAGAGGCUCUCGAGCACGAACUGUGUCUUUUGGGUCUCACUUUGUUUCCUCACAGGUUCACCGUUUCUCCAGCAACUUUUAUAGUGAUCUGGAUGGUGUGAUGACAAUUCAAGCAAAACCGCUCCAACAGAGGCAUGUUGCCACAGUAGAAAAAAUACAGAAUGACAAAGAAGACAAACAGUAUAGCAUUGGUUCCAGGGCUCCAAAUUCAGUGCAUACUAGGCAGAGGAGAAUUGCUGAUAGCAGUGUUCUCUCAUCAUCUCGGGUACUGCUGGCGUCUUCUAGGAAACUACCAAGCCAUCGUAGGUUGCCUUCUCUCACUUCUGACCAACUCUCCUCAAAAGCUCCUAAUAUGUACAAUGAUGAAAUCCUUAGGGGGACUAAAUUGGUUGCCAGCUUAGGUCGUUUAUCUUCUGCUCAUGCACCUACAACCCAGACCAAGUUGCCACCAAUAAACUCAGAGGCUGUUGAACAAUAUUUUUCAGUACCUAGACUGCCACUAAGCUCUCAUCAAGGACGAUAUGGUCGUAGCAGAGUAUCGAGUGCAGUGCCUGGCAGUACAGAGCAACGGCCACUAAGAGAAAGAACUAUUAUUGAUCAGUUUUCGAGGCCCAACACAACUCAGGCAUUCAGGACAGACACACCUCAGAAAAGAUCACUGACUCUCAUGGAUUGUCCUAACCACAGAGGGACAGGUCAAGGAUCUUUAAUUGGCAGGCAAAGCUCACAGCAUUACUGUAGAUCCUUUCAGAGAAAUACCCCAUCAUCAAGGAAGAGAUUUCAGAUUUCUUAACACACCUUAGUGAGAAGGAGAAAGUCCCUGCAAUGAACAGAAGACUGAUGUGCUAAAUUUUCCAGCUAGUGUCUUGUGUAACAGAGGACAUGUGCAUUUCCUUUGAGCCUUUCAAUCCUCAGGAUGCCUGUAUUGCUUUUUUCUUUUUUUUGAGUUGUCUGACCAGAGGUUAGAUUAAAAAUUAGAGCAAAAGGAAGUAAGUGGUUGAGAUGUCUGUUCUAUUUACAGAGUCAAGAUGCUGCUGCACUUUCUUCUUGGGCAUUCCUUCUUUUCUUUCCUUAACAAAUUGUUGUUCUACCUAUAGAGGCAAGUCAGUUAUGUUUAGGCCAUGAUGACUUAAUCUCACUUUUUCAUGUUUCCUCAGUGUUACAGAUGUUCUUGUUUAUCCAAACAUCAGUUAUAUAUACAAUUCAUACUUUUAAACAGUGGUAUUUCCUCUUUAGCUGCUGUUUUAACAUUUCUCCAUUUUUAAGUCUGUCUGCUUAUUGCAGUUAGUCUCUUGUAAAUGUUGCCUGUCUCUACUUUUUCUUCUUUGAUUCUUUUGAGAUAGAAUUCAUUCAUUGCUUUUACUUAUUCUGUUCCAGUCAUCAAUAACUAUGGGAACUGCUGGGUAAACUUUGUUUACAGGAUGUAAUGUCUUCCCUGCCAGGCCAAGCAUGAUUAUAGAUGCUGAUAAGUUGGUAAGACUGCUCCCAUUUCUUGAGUUUUGUGAAAUAAUGCCUGUAAUUUUACCAAUUAAUGAUAUUUUGAAAUAUCCAAGCCGUCAAAGUUUCAACAUGAAAAGAUGUACUUAGGUGAUGAAAGAAUUAUUUUAUACCUCUUAGUGUAGAUCCAAAUAGGAAGAUCAAAGAUGAGACUGGGAUUGAAUUCUGUCCACAAAUCAGAGCCUUGAUCAGGUCCAUAGCUAUUAGUGCAGUGUGUCUUCACAGUCAGGGAUUCUUCCUUCCAUCAGAGAGCCACCAAUUUAAGUAAAUGAGGCUGAAAGCUGGAGAAGGAAGGAGAAGGAAAACUUAGUAAUUUGCCCAAAUUCUGCAGGUGAGAAUAGAACCAAUUUCUUCUACUUGAGAACUAACCCUUACUUCUUUUUAUGAGUGUUCAAGGAUUGGUAAUCCAAGGCAAACCAUUUGCAAAGCAUAUUUUAUAUCUGUACCGUUAAUAAGAUUUCUGGGUUUUGUAAAUGGCCAUUGAGUACUGCAUUCUUUUGAGUAAAUGAAAGCAUUUGUAAAUCA